GUAAUGGAAAGCUAUUAUUAAAGUUUGUAUUGUAGACCUUAUUCCAGAAGUUAGAAGUUUGGAUAAAUCAGAAAAUAGAAAGAGUGAAGAUCAAAGAUGUAUCAUGCAAGUAAAAGAUUGCAGGCAAUUCGCAAACAACUGAAACAAAUCAAUGAACAAUAUAAGAAUGCUGAAUUUGAAAAAGUAACAGUGACAGAAUCAGAUGCAAGAAUGGACAAGAGGAAUGCAAAUAUCCAUGAGAUAAGUGUAGCAAGUGUUUCCAGUAAUGGUCAUUCUACUACGAUGACCAUAGACGACUUAGAAGAACAAGUGUCUGGCAGCAAAAAUAUUAAUGUCGGUGCGGAUCUAGGAUCUUUGAUAGAAUGUUCUACCUCUGAAGUGGCGGGAAUCCCUCUGUCUGAAGACCUUCGGUGCGCCAUAUUGAAUAUGGAGGAUCUGAACGAUGUGGAUAAUGUCCUUGGUGACGUGAUGACCUCUGUAUUAGAUGAUACGUUUUUUGACGUGAACCUCUGA